AUGAGGACGUCAAAGGUCUCCAAAGAGACAUCGGCCCUCCUCAACAAGAUGGCCCGACCAUCCUCGCCGCCGACGACGGCACCGUCGCCACCGCAGCAUACACGCAGGAUGACGCGCUCCUCUCUCGCGCGGUUCGCGUACAACCAAUCACCCUCUUCCGCCGCCGCUACCAUUGCCGCCGGCACGAACGCCGGAGCACAACCCGCGACGAUAGCGGCGACGGAAGCCAUCCACGAUGUCGUCCUGGGCGUCCCCGACAUCGAAGACGCGGUCGCAAACACGAGGACCAGGAAACGUAGACGGAUCACCAAGACAGAGGAUAAUGCACUUGGCGCGGACACCGGGCACGGCGUAGCAAACGUCAAGAUCGAAAAGGUCGAGAUGGAAAGCACGGCAGCGACGCAGCAGUCGCCCCCGCGGCCUCGGAAGGCGGCCCGUAAGCCGGCUCGCGUCAUCAGGGGCGCCGGCACCGCCGCCGAUCCUCGCGUCGAACCGCCCUCCGACUGGGAAGCUAUGUACGACGCGGUCAAGCAGAUGCGGCUGCACGGCACCGCGCGCAACGCCGCCGUCGACACCAUGGGCUGCGAGCGGCUCUUCGAUCCAGACGCCUCGGAGCGCGAUCGCCGGUUCCACAUCCUCAUCGCGCUGAUGCUCUCGAGCCAGACCAAGGACACAGUCAACGCGGUGGCCAUGGGCAGGCUAAUGGCGGAGCUGCCGCCGCACGAGCCGGGCGCAGCGGGCGGGCUGAACCUGGAGAACGUGCUCGCCGUGGAGCCCGCCGUGUUGAACGAGCUGAUUUGGGCGGUAGGGUUUCACAACAACAAGACCAAAUACAUCAAGGCAUCUGCCGAAAUUCUCCGCGAUAAGUUCGACGGCGACAUCCCCGACACAAUCGAAGGGCUCACGUCACUCCCCGGGGUGGGGCCCAAGAUGGCCUACCUCUGCCUCUCGGCGGCGUGGGACCGCACCGAGGGCAUCGGCGUGGACGUGCACGUGCACCGCAUCACAAACCUCUGGGGGUGGCACAAGACGACGCAACCCGAGGCGACACGUCUCGCGCUGCAAGGCUGGCUGCCCCGGAACAGGUGGCGCGAGAUCAACUGGCUGCUCGUCGGGUUCGGCCAGACCGUGUGCCUGCCGGUCGGGCGGAAGUGCGGCGACUGCGAGCUCGGGCUUCGCGGGAUGUGUCGGGCGGCGGAGAGGAAGAAGGUCAACGAGGGGCGUAGGGCGAGGGAGGUGAAAAUCGAGGUGAAAGAGGAGGAUGGCGGCGGCGUGGUUAUCAAGAAGGAGGAGGUCGUCAAGGAAGAGGAAAUCAUGUAA